CGCUACUUUGAUCUGUUCUAUCGGUUCACCCCGUCAACAAACUCACAAUGCCUUUCACUGCCUCAGAACGCGAAACUUCGAGUUUCCGUAUAGGUUUGCUGACCGAUGUUAUUUUACAGUGACAUCUGCAAGCUCAUCUUCGCUUUCAUCCUCCCCCCUCUUGGAGUGUUCCUUGAGACUGGAUGCGGUGCUGAUUUACUCAUCAACAUCUGUUUGACCAUCCUUGGCUGGAUUCCUGGUAUCAUCCACGCAAUGUAUGUUUUCCGCCAAACCAUGUUUGCCGAGUCUGAUAACUAACGUUC